AUGAAGAUUCCUUCCUUCUCCACUCUCACUCUCAUCAUCUUCUUCAUCUCCACCUUCUCACCGGCCGCCACCGCCGAUGGCCACGACCAUUUCCUCGAAUGUUUGUCGGAAUAUCCCGACAACCACGCCCCGAUUUCCCACCUUGUCUACACCAAAGCCAACUCCUCCUACACUUCCAUCCUCCAAGCCGCCAUCUGGAAUCUAAGAUUCACCACAGAAUCUACUCCCAAGCCGCACGUGAUCAUAGCCCCGGACCACGAAUCCCAAAUCCCACCAAUCAUACGCUGCGCCAAGCAAACCGGCCUCGAAAUCCGAACCCGAAGCGGCGGCCAUGACAUGGAGGGCUUAUCCUACCGAUCGCAGGUCCCGUUCGUGGUCAUCGAUUUGUUCAAUCUCGGCGAAGUAACCGUCGACGCCGAGGCGAAAACCGCCUGGCUCGGCGCCGGCGCGACCCUCGGCGCGCUGUACUACCACAUCUCUCAGAAGAGCUUGCUCCUCGGCUUCCCGGCCGGAUUCUGCCCCACCGUCGGCUCCGGCGGCCACUUCAGCGGCGGCGGCGACGGCACGAUGGUCCGGAAAUACGGCAUGGCGGCGGAUAACAUCAUCGACGCAAGAAUAGUCGACGCCAGAGGGAAAAUUCUGGACAGGGAAUCAAUGGGCGAGGAUCUGUUCUGGGCGAUCAGAGGCGGCGGAGGCGCCAGUUUUGGCGUUAUUGUUGCAUGGAAGGUGCUGCUGGUGGAUGUUCCAGAAACUGUCACUGUUUUCCAAGUCAGCAAGACUUUGGAGCAGAACGCGACAGAACUUGUCCAGAAGUGGCAGUCUGUCGCGCCCUACACCGACAAAGAUCUUUUCGUCGGGAUCUUGUUGAACAGGAUCGAUAACGAGAAUGCGCAGAGGUAUGUUGAUUGGGUGAAGAGGUAUUAUGAUUACAUGACUCCUUAUGUUUCGAGCAAUCCGAGGUCUGCGUAUGUCAACUACAGAGAUCUCGACUUUGGAGUCAAUAACGUUGUGGGAGGACGAGCUAUGCACAGGCGAGCGUUUGGGGGGAAGAGGUAUUAUAAGAACAAUUUUGAUCGUCUUGUUCUGGUGAAGACUAUGGUUGAUCCCGAGAAUUUCUUCAGAUUCGAGGCAAGCAUUCCGCCCAUUCACUCGUGGUCGAGCGACAAGGGCGUGUGUUCGAUUUGA